AUGGCCAAAAAGACCGUUGAGAUGGGCAGAUAUUACGGUUCUGAAGCUUUACGUAAUAAAAAGUUACAGAAAAAAGCUAUCGACUACGCUCUGGAUAAAUUGAAUCCAGUAAUACACAAUGUGGGGUCUCAGGCUCUUGACCAAUUAUCAACCAAAAUACGACCAAAGAAAAACUGCAAAACUAACAGAAAAGAUUUGGAUGGUGGUGCUAUAGAUAUCCACAAGCAGAUUGGUAAAUUACCAAGACCCGCAGGUGGUUGGACAUUACCGGGCCAUAAAUACACCGGGCCUUACAACGAUCUCGAAAAUCAAGUCAGAUACAAUCCAGAAACUGGUGAAAUAUUACAAAUUUAUGAUCAACCGACUGGGCCAACCGAUGCCGUGGCCAUGCAACAUGAUGUUGAUUAUAGUGUUUGUGGUGAUAACCGAAAGUGCAAAAAUAAAGGUGACCGUAAAAUGGUAAAAUCAUUAGACGCCAUUCCUUAUAAUGAACGACAAUGGGGUCACUGGUUAGCUAGAAAUAUUAUAAACACAAAACAAAAACUGGGUCUUGGUUUAAACUAG